AACAAACCCUCUCUACCUACAGAAGUUGGAUUUGGCCGUGUUCUGAGUCACCCAAACCCUCACCCUCUCCCUCUCCCUCUCUCUCUGCAAGUGCCCCUCAAAGCUUUCGAAACCCUAAUAAUCUCUACAAUCCUCAAUCUCAUUCACUCUUCUCCACAAUCUCUCUGUCUCUCUCUCUCUCUCUGCAAGUGCCUUGCAAACCUUUCGAAACCCUAACAAUCUCUAAAAUCCUGAAUCUCAUUCACUCAUCGAUACAAUCUCUCUCUCUCUCUCUCUCGAUCUUCUUUCCCAAAUUCCCGACUUAUCCUCAAUCCGAUGGCUCAGCGCAAGCUUGAUCUCCCCGACGAUCUCCUCUCAUCCAAGCCGUCCGAUCUCGCUUCAAUUGCCAACGUGAAAGCUUCAGGAGGGAAUGAGGAUGAAAGUUUGAUAGGGAUACAUGAUGAUCCGAAAGGUGCUUCAGAUCAAGCAGCAUUAGAAAGCAACAUUCCUUUGUCUCCCCAGUGGCUUUAUGCUAAAACGAGUGAGACAAAGAUGGAAGCACGUGCACCAAGUUCUCUUUCUCUUGGAAAUCCUGCUGAUCCCAAUCAGAAGGAGGGUGGGCGUGCAGAUGUCCCAGAGGACAAAAAAGAUCGGAGGAGAAUUGCAUCCGAGACUGAGACUGGUCGCCGCUGGCGAGAAGAAGAAAGGGAAACUGGCUUGCUUGGUAGAAGAGAUCGUAGGAAGACGGAUCGACGUGUUGACAACCCCUUGGUUAGAGAAAACUCUGAUUCUAGAGUUUUAGCUAAUGACAAGUGGCAGGAUGUUAAUAAUCGAAGUUCCGGCCUUGAUACACGACGCGAUAACAAGUGGUCCUCUAGGUGGGGUCCGGAAGACAAAGAUAAGGAAUCCCGAAUGGAAAAAAGGACAGACGCAGAGAAGGAAGAUGCUCACAGCGAUAGUCAACCACUUUCGGUUAGCAAUCCCCGUGCAGUUCCUGAGCGGGACACAGAUUCCCGUGAUAAGUGGAGACCACGCCAUAGGAUGGAGGGAAAUUCUAGUGGGCCAGGUUCCUACCGUGCUGCACCUGGGUUUGGACUUGAGAGAGGAAAGGCAGAGGGUUCUAAUGUGGGAUUUACAUUAGGACGUGGAAGAUCUAGCGUUUCGGUUGUGAGACCUCCAUCUGCUGGUUCACAUGGUGGUGGUCUAUUGGACAGGACUGCAAAUGUUCCUGGGAAACCAAGCUCCUCAGCUGAUACUUUUUGCUACCCAAGGGGGAAGCUUCUGGACAUUUACCGCAUGCAAAAUUUGGAUACUUCUUUUGCUGCGAUGCCGGAGCAGAUGGAGGAAGUACCUUCUAUAACUCAAGUUACUGUCGUUGAGCCAUUGGCCUUUGUCAGUCCUGACGCAGAAGAGGCUGCUAUCCUUGGUGAUCUUGGGAAGGGCAAAAUCACCAGUAGUGGUGUGUCAUACAAUUCAUAUGGAAAAGGAAGAUCAACUGACAACAUUACAGAUGUCGGAGACUUGGAACCCACCAAUGGGAAACAUGGCAUCCUUCCAUCUGUUAUGUCUGAUGAGGUUGUUGAUGCCUUUGGACGGGCUGUGAAUAAUAAUACCCAUUGGGCUACUGUUUCUAGCUCCUUGAACAACGUUGAUCCUAAAAGGAAAUUGAAAGAUGAAAUAGAUGAUGAUCACGAAGUGGAAAGGAAAGUUUCUGCAGCUACUACAGGGACGAAUGCUGAUGAAUUGGCGCAAGCAAUUUCAAGUAGUACAGAUUUCUUCAGUGUGCAAGACAUUAAUGGUGCUCACCUUGAUGACGUUUCUCAGCUCAAAAAAGUGGCAGAUUCUUCAUUCAUGAAACAUCCUUAUCUCAAUGAUAUUGGUUCUGCGGCUGCUUUUGAUAUCAGUACCAAGCUUCCGGAUAAUUCCACUUCUCAAUUUUUUCCCAUGUCUUCCAAGGAGAAUUGGAGUGGCAAUAUGCAGCACUUUGAGGGCAGCCACAACGAAUAUCGAUCAGAAGGGGGUAUCCCGCCAGAGGAGAUGAGUUUGUAUUACCGGGAUCCUCAAGGAGAGAUCCAAGGACCAUUUCUUGGGGUUGACAUCAUUUCCUGGUUUGAGCAAGGGUUUUUUGGGACCGAUCUGCCAGUCCGUUCAGAAGAUGCUCCAGAGGGAACACCUUUCCGAGAGUUGAGUGAGGUCAUGCCGCAUCUAAGAGUUACAGAUGGACAUGGCUUUAUAGUUGAUAUGAGCUCUAAUGGAGAAGAACCUGGAGCUAUGGAAGAGAAAAUGGGCCCUGGUUUAUUGGCUUCUUCCCCUGUUCCUGAAAUGACUCAAAUGUCUGCAUUAAAUGAUCAUAGCUGGCAAUUGUCUAGGUUUGAUGGUGUACCAAGUCAGCAUGAACAUCCGCUGCAACUCGCAAAUACAGAGGGUCAAAGCUUUCAUGAUUUUGUUGGUCAAGAUGAAGAUAUUUUAUUCCCAGGAAGACCUGGAAUUGGUGGCAAUCUGUUAGGAGUAACUUCUAUGGGCAUGAACAAUCCUCCUGUGAUUCCCUUGAGCAACCCUUCUCUUCCAGAUGAAUUUACGGGACCUGGUGUCCAUAGUCAGAGUCACAAUAAGUUGCAUCCUUUUGGGCUGUCGUGGUCUGAGCUUGAAGGCAACUAUUCAAGGCGUAAUGAAUCAUCAAACAGUGGUGCUCAGGAUCAUCUUUUCAACCCUAUAAUGGAAAGAGGUGGCUCGUUUGGUGCACUUGCUGAUUCAACUAAUGCUGUGGAGACAUGGUCAGAUGUUUAUGGGAGGAAUACAGUUCCUGGUUCCAACUUGUACCAAGAAUCCAUGGAUGCUCACAGGGUCUCACAUAUGGAUCAAGAAUCUAUCCGCUACCAUGCGUCAGAGAAGCUUUUGUCGCAACAAUACCAACAACAGCUCCAGCAGCGCAAUCUGUUGACUCAUCCCCACCUGAAUGAGUCAGUGAUGGAACAAUUGCCUAGUCAGCAUUACAGCAAUCAAACAGGGCCACAUCUGGACCACCUUUUGGCACUACAGCAGCAGCAGCAGCAACUACAACAGCAAAGGCUGCGUCAGCAGCUUCAGCAGCAACAUCAUCAGUUGCAGCAAAAACAGCAGUUACACCAGCAUCAGAUUCUGUUGCAGGAGCAACAGCAGCAGUCUCAAGCUCGACAACUGCUUCGUGAGCAAUUGCUGCUGCAGAGUCAAAUGCAUGACUCUGGCCGUGGCAUGUCACAUGUUGAUGCUAUUAGAACAAACAACGCUCUUGAUCAAGUUUUGUUGAGGCAGCAAAUUUUGCAUGAACUACAACAACGUUCCCAUCAUCCUCUGAGGCACGCUGAUCCAUCCCUUGACCAUCUUAUCCAAGCUAAAUUUGGUCCAAUGCAACAUCAAGGGCAUCAAAGUGACCUGUUGGAGCUUGUAUCACGUUCAAAGCGAGGACAGAUGCACACUUUGGAAAAUCAGAUUCUUCAGCAAGAACAACUUUACGGAAGACAGUUGCCAAUGGGGUUGAGGCAACAGGUGGAAAUGGAAGAGGAGAGGCAUGGCGGCUCUAACUGGCCUGGUGAUGAAACCAAUCAGUUCCUUAGAAGUCCUGCCGCUGCACACAGAGCUCACUCUGCUGGGUUUGGAUUAGAUUUUUAUCAGCAACAACAGAAACCAUCCUCUAAGGAGCAGCUGGGUCACCUUGACCGGAAUCUUUCCCUACAAGAGCGAUUACAGCGAGGCCUUUAUGAUCCCGGUUUAUCGCCAUUGGAGCGACAGAUUUCUAUGUCUGGUGGCGCUUCAGGAAUGAGCCUGGAUGUUGUAAAUGCCUUGGCUCAUGGUCAAGGUUUAGAUAUGCAGGAACCAAGAGCUCGAAUGCACUCUACUGGUCAAGUAGGUGGAUUCUCCUCUGGUAUCCACUCUCAACAGCCUCCGAUUUCCAAUCAAUUUCACACUUCACCCUCUGAUGCGAUUGAGACCCACUGGUCUGAGACCAAUGCUCAGCUACCAAACGAUUGGAUGGAAUCUCGGUUACGACAGUUGCAUCUCAAUGCCGAACUGCAGAAUCGGGAGUCGGAUGUUAAAAUGGCUUCGGAAGAUCCAAAUUUAUGGAUGUCAACUGGAACAAGCAAUGACAAUUCAAAGCGUUUGCUCAUGGAAUUGCUUCAUAAAAAACCAGUCCCUCAAACUGCCGAUUCAUUUGAUACUAGUAAAGAAUCUUAUGAGAGAACGGCGCCUUCAGGUCGCUAUUCUGAAACAAGCUCUUCUAAUCAAUCCUUCAGCAUGUUGUCUGGUCAACAAGCGGGUGUAAAUCACCCAUUUGCCUUAGGGCCUUAUGGUUCUAAUUCUGGUGGAACACCGCCAGUUCAGUUAGUUGAUGAGAAGGCUGGCGCUGUGGAAAGCAGUGGAAGGCUCCCCCUUAGAUUCAAGUCUGAAGUAUUAAGUGAGAGAGACCAAUUUUUUUCGGGUUUUGAUGAAACUUCUCAAGUAAUUUUUGCAAAUUCCAACACGACUACUAACAAGUCUAUGGAACGAGAGUUCUUAGAUGUGGACCGGAAAAGGCAAGGAUUCAAAAGUGAGGUUCGGAUGAUGAAGGGGCCAGCUUUGGAGAUUCAAGAAGAUAGGAUCGACCAGGAAAGCUUUACUGCUAUAGACCAUGGAGAAACGGCCAUUAAUAUUAUGGGCAGGCAUAAUUCACUUGGCUUUGCUGGUGGGAAUACAGCCUCCUACAAUGACAAAGUUGCACUUUCUGAUUCUUUUGCUGAAGAGGUUUCUAGGGGCUGGCUACCAUCCCUUACAUCAAGAGGGUCGGACCAUUUUUUACUGAAACGUCCACCUUCCUCACAAAAUUCUUCUCAAGAAGCAUUGGCUGAGCUGGCCUCUGAUACAGUCAUCCGAGGCAAACAUCUUCCAUCUUCUGUUGCUUCGGAAGGGGCAAGACGGGAACCCGGGGGACAUCUAGCAAACCAAAGUUCCGACAAUCAGACACCUGGCAAGAAAGAUGUACAUUUUCGGCGAAUCUCAUCUGGCAGUGACGAUACUGAUGUCUCAGAGCCAUCGUUCAUUGACAUGCUUAAAAGUAAUGCCAAGAAGCCAGCACAGCCAGAAUCUACUGAGUCAUUGGACGGAUCACAAGCGGCCCGUAGCGGGAAAAAGAAGGGGAAGAAAGGGAAGCAAAUUGAUCCCGCUCUUCUCGGGUUCAAGGUGACGAGCAAUCGCAUCAUGAUGGGUGAGAUACAACGGGUUGAUGAUUAACUAGUCUGUGUUGUACGCAAUUCCUGUUGGUAAAAGCUGUUAGAGGAUGUAAUUUUCUGUAAAGCAGCGUUGGAUAUUCUUUGAUUAUUUGAUUUCCCCCAUUUGCAUCCCAGUUGUGGUGAUGUUGGGGUGAUGGCAAAGCCUGGUAUAGAGUGGUUUAGGUUAAAGUAUUUUUGUAUAGACAAUUUCCCAUAAAAGCUAAUAGAAUCAUGUGCAUAAGAAGUUGUUCUCA